AUGGCUAGUUCAUUUGAUUGUGCGCCUCAUCAAUGUCUUCGUCAAUUGGAUUUAUACUUUCAAUAUCUUCGUUUAUUAAACUCUCAAACGAUCGAUUUAUUACUUUCUGUUGUACCCAAUCUUACUUAUUUUUCGAUUAACAGAAUUCGUAACAAUCGGAACUCAGUGAUAGAUGAUUCACUCGUUCCCAUUUUAUAUGAGCGUCUGCCUAAACUUCGCCAUUUUCACAUUAACAGUAUGCAUUAUACACCUAGGCCGAUACUAUCCGGCUCUGAUUCUGACUCUGAUGAUUCUGGCUCUGAUGAUGAUGAUGAUGAUGAUGAUGAUUCUGACUCUGAUGAUGAUGAUGACGACUCUGACGAUGAUGAUGACGACUCUGACUCUGCUGAUGAUCUCUAA